UAGAAAUCCCAGCCUCUGAAAGGUAAGUGUUUUAUACAAAGGAAUAAUUGUAUUCCUGCACAGAUGCCGUUUGCUGCUGUGGUUCUGCUGGCUCUUGUCCUCACGGGGUGCUGUGUCCAGGAGGUGGCGCUGGUGGACGACGGAUUGAAGGUCUGCAAUGCUGGCAUUCCUGGGAUCCCCGGCUCCCCUGGGACGCACGGGCCGGCUGGCAGGGAUGGCAGGGAUGGGAAUCCGGGACACCAUGGGGAGAUAGGACAGGCAGGGCCAAAGGGAGAGAGGGGCCUCGAGGGCCACCCUGGAAAGAUGGGACCCCAAGGAACGAAAGGAGAAAAAGGAGAGCCUGGACAUCCUGGAGAAGCAGGACCACCGGGACAGGUGAAAUCAGCGAUCGUCGCCUUCCAUGUUGGGCUGUCAUCGAGCAAACCCCCCUCAGGCUCCCCCAUCAAAUUCACCAAGCUCUUCUACAACGACCAGAAGGCCUACAACGUGGCUACAGGGGAGUUUACGGCACCGCGGAGCGGGCUGUACUUCUUCACAUACCAGCUCACUGUAGUGAGUGUGAAUGUUAAAGUGACCCUGAGGAAGAACGACGAGGUGGCUCAGUACACGCAGUGUGACGACCUUGGAAAGACCAUCCAGGCCUCGGGAGCUGCAGUCAUCAGCCUGCUCAAAUCUGACAGAGUCUGGCUGCAGGUGUACGAUGACUCUUACAACGGCCUGUAUACAGACAGUAACGACGAUACCACUUUCACAGGCUUCCUGCUUUAUCUUUUAGAGUAGGACGAGUAACAACACAGGUUAUAAUACGGUACAGUCACGGCUCAUUAAAGAGAAGCCAAACUGCUCAGUCUCUUACUUAGGGCUCAGACUCCCGCGUUAUAAAGGGGAAGCUCUGUGUAAUAAACACCACAGACUUUCAGCAAUCAGAACAAAGAUGUUUAGCAGAAUCUGGUGACCAUCGAAAAAAAAAAAUGCAUUUUGAGAUUAACAAAUAUUCAAACAACGAUAUUAAUUCUGAAUAUACAUACUCAUAAUAAUAACACCAUGAACUGCACUGGUCUGCUGUCUUUGGAUCUAGCACACACUAUUAAAUGCUUAAAGCAUGCAAUGAUCAUUUUUACUUGCUAAGUCAAUGUUUUCAAUACUGAACAUGCAUGCACAGCACAGACCCAUUCACAGCAUGCAUACCAGGUAUGAUCUGUGCAGUAUUUCUAGAAUGAAUACAUGUGUUUAGCUUUGCUCAGUAUGUUUAUAAUGUUGCAUCACUGCUUAUUAAUUAAUAAAGUAUGCUUUGACUGUC